AUGGGGAGAUUUAGGAAAGAGGGGUGGGAAGAGCAAAGGGAUGAGGGUAUGGGUGAUGGGAAAACAAUUGGGGAUGGAGGGUGGGGAAAAAUUAAUUGGGGAAGAUGGACGACAAUCACCCAACUAGCACACCACGGAAUCCUGUUUGUUCCCGUUGGGUAUACUUUUGGAGCUGGCAUGUUUAAGAUGGACUCUGUAAGAGGGGGUUCUCCGUAUGGCGCUGGUGUCUUUGCUGGUGACGGCACAAGAGGCGCAAGUGAAACUGAGUUGGCUCUUGCAGAGCAUCAGGGGAAGUAUAUGGCAUCAGUAGUCAAGAAACUUGCCGCUUGA